UAACUUAAUUUAUGCUCUCUCCCUCUUUCUCUCUCUUCCAGGGCGGGAGAUAAAUCCAUGCUUUUAAUUUUUUGCUCUUUCCUAGAAUCUGCACCCAAACCUAGCUGCUCUCCAAAAAAAAAAAAAAAAAAACAAAAAAUCUCCAAAUCCCUCUCGGUAUCGCCAUUCCCAACGGUACAAUAUUUUAAGCUUUCUUAUUUUCAUAUCAAACAAUUUCUGUUCAGAUCUGUUGUUGUUUUUCUCAAUUACAACAAGAAAAAUCAUCCCAGUUUCAGAUCCAUUUUUUCUUUCUCAGCUAGGUCAGAAAAAAUGGGAUAUAUAGGAUCACAUGGAAUAGCAGCACUUCACAGGUACAAAUACAGUGGAGUAGAUCACUCUUAUGUUGCUAAAUAUGUUUUGCAACCCUUUUGGAGCCGUUGUGUUAACUUCUUCCCUCUUUGGAUGCCACCGAACAUGAUUACGCUUAUGGGAUUUAUGUUCUUAGUGACUUCUGCUUUGCUCGGAUAUAUAUAUUCACCUCGCUUGGAUACGCCUCCACCAAGAUGGGUUCAUUUUGCGCAUGGAUUGCUUCUAUUUUUAUAUCAGACUUUUGAUGCUGUUGAUGGAAAGCAAGCGCGGCGGACAAACUCGUCCAGUCCAUUGGGGGAGCUUUUUGACCAUGGAUGUGAUGCGCUCGCUUGUGCAUUUGAAAGCUUGGCUUUUGGUAGCACUGCCAUGUGUGGAAGAGAUUCUUUCUGGUUCUGGCUUAUUUCAGCUGUGCCAUUUUAUGGUGCAACAUGGGAACACUUUUUCACCAACACUCUCAUUCUUCCAGCAGUUAAUGGACCCACAGAGGGUCUGAUGCUAAUAUAUGUGGCACAUUUGUUUACAGCCUUAGUUGGUGCUGAGUGGUGGGUUCAACACUUUGGGAUGUCUUUCCCAUUCUUGAGUUGGGUGCCAUUUGUAAGUGAAAUCCAAACUUACAGAGUCGUGCUGUUAUUAAUGACAGCUUUUGCUGUUAUACCCACAGUGGCAUUCAACGUGUCCAAUGUCUACAAGGUUGUUCAAGCAAGAAAGAGCAGCAUGUUAAUGGCUUUAGCAAUGCUUUACCCUUUUCUUGUGCUCGUUGGUGGGGUCCUAGUGUGGGAUUAUUUGUCUCCAUCUGAUCUAAUGGCGAAUUAUCCUCAUUUGGUUGUAUUGGGAACUGGACUUGCAUUUGGGUUUCUUGUGGGAAGGAUGAUUCUGUCUCACCUGUGUGAUGAACCAAAGGGAUUGAAAACCAACAUGUGCUUGUCUCUGUUAUAUCUACCAUUUGCCAUCGCAAAUGCACUCGCAGCCAGACUGAAUGAUGGAGUUGCUUUAGUGGAUGAGUUCUGGGUUCUUCUUGGUUAUUGUGUAUUCACAAUGCUACUCUAUUUGCACUUCACCACAUCUGUCAUCCAUGAAAUUACAACAGCUCUGGGAAUAUGCUGCUUCAGGAUAACUAGGAAGAAAGCAUGAAAACAACUGUUCUGAUUUUCGCUGGCAAUUCUGGUGCAGCAGGGCAAACGAUUUGGAAUGUCAUUUUUGGUUCAACAUUGACGUAGCGUUGUAACUGGAUCUAGUGGCACUGGGUCUGGUUCAACCUCUGUUGCAAACUAUUUCAUUAAUGUGACAAUAGAGUUAGGCGAUUUGGGGAAUGCACGCUUUUUUUAAGCACCGUUGUGUAUUGAAAUUUAUGAUGGAUGCCUGGGCUAUAGAUGUUGGGGAUCUUUUUGGAUGAACACCGUUGAGUACUUCAUUUCAGGGACAGUCAAUGGUAGGCUGUUGCCGCAUUAAUGAAGCGUAUAAUUGCUGAA